AUGUGGUCAAGGGUCCGCCUGGCCUCCGCCUCCGCCUGGGCCUCCGGCUCGGGCCUCGGUGGGGGGCCCGGGGCGGGCCGGAGCUGGGCGGCGAGCUUGGCCCCGGAGGGAGCCGUGCCGGAGGAGCCCUUCGUCUUUCCCGAGUAUGAGCCGGAGCCCGAGCCGGGGCCCGAGUUCGAGGAGCGGCUGCGGCGGCGGCUGCGGGAGCAGGAGCGGGAGCGGGAGCGGGAGCGGGAGGAGAGGAGGCGGCGGCUGCAGGAGCGGCGUUGGGAGGCCGAGGCCCGGGGGUCCGGGGGUCCGGGGGAGCCGGGGGGUCCUGCCAGCGGCGUGCACUGCUCGGGCUGCGGCGCGGAGCUGCAGUGCGGGGACCCCGGCGGGCCCGGCUACCUGCCCGCCGCCAAGUACGAGGGGCUGGAGGCGGAGGACGGGCCGGGCCCGGGGCUGGAGGCGGAGGACGGGCCGGGGCCGGGGCCGGGGCCGGGGCCGGGGCCGGGGCCGGGGCGGUUGGUGUGCCGGCGCUGCUGGCUGCUGGUGCAUCACCGGCGGGCGCUGCGAGUCCGGCUGCCCCCCGGCCACCACCGACAGCUGCUGAGCGACGCGCUCCGCCGGCCCGGCCCGGCCCUGCUGCUCUACGUGGCCGACCUCCUCGACCUGCCCGACGCCUUCCUGCCCGGCCUGCCCAAGCUGCUGGGCCCCCGGCGGCUGCUCGUGCUGGGCAACAAGGUGGACCUGCUGCCCGGGGACUCGGCCGGCUACCUGCGCCGCCUCCGGGACCGGCUGGGGGCCGAGUGCGCCCGGGCCGGGCUGGGGACGGGGUCGGGGUCGGGGUCGGGGUCGGGCUCCAAGCCCAAGCUCCCGGACGUGCUGCUCAUCAGCGCCAAGACGGGCUACGGGGUGGAGGAGCUGAUCUCCACGCUGCAGCGGUCCUGGCGCUACCGGGGAGACGUCUACCUGGUCGGGGCCACCAACGCCGGCAAGUCGACCCUCUUCAACACCCUCCUGCAGUCCGACUACUGCACCGCCAAAGGCGCCGAGGCCAUCGACCGGGCCACCAUCUCCCCCUGGCCAGGUACUACCUUAAACCUUCUGAAGUUCCCCAUUAGCAACCCCACUCCUUACCGGAUGUUCAAAAGGCAUAAGAGACUCAAAGAAGAUGCGGCUAAAGCUGAAGAAGACCUUAGUAAGCAGGAGCAAAAGCAUCUCAAUCACCUUAAGAAAUGUGGCUACUUAGUAGGAAGAGUUGGAAAAACGUUCCAUUAUUCACAAAAGCAAAUCCAAAACAAUGCUGAGGUCUUUGAAUUUGAUGCGGACAGCCUCGCCUUUAGCAUGGAGCCAGGAGUGACAGAGCCCAAGCCCCCUGCAGACAGAGUGGAACUGACCCCUCAAGACGUGAAAGAUGCUCACUGGUUUUAUGACACCCCCGGGAUUAUGAAAGAGAACUGUGUCUUGAAUCUGCUGACAGAUAAGGAAGUAAAGCUCGUCUUGCCAACGCAUUCCAUUAUCCCAAGAACCUAUAUGCUUAAGCCCGGAAUGGUUCUGUUUUUGGGAGCUUUGGGUCGCAUAGAUUAUCUGCAGGGAAGUAAGUCAGCUUGGUUUUCGGUGAUGGCUUCCAACUUGCUGCCGGUCCACAUAACUACGGUGGAGAAAGCAGAUGCUAUCUAUCAGAAGCACGCAGGCCAAGCAUUGCUACAGGUACCUAUGGGCGGGACAGAGCGCAUGUCGGAGUUCCCGCCUCUCAUCCCCCAGGAUCUCACACUGGAAGGGAACGUGCUCCAGGAAGCUGUGGCCGACAUUAAGCUGUCCUCUGCCGGUUGGGUGGCCAUAACAGUUCAGGAGCUGGGGCCGCUGCAACUCCGUGGCCACGUUCCCGGGGGCUGUGCUUUGACGGUGCGCCAGCCUCCCCUGCUGCCCCACAUCGUCAAUCUCAAAGGCGAACGGAUCAAGAAGAGCGUCGCUUAUAAGACCAAGAAGCCUCCGGCCCUGGUGAGCAACCUGAAGUCACGCAGAAGCCGACCUCAGAGAGACUCGAAACUCCUCCACGCGGAAGGGUUGGUCUAGCUGACCCCCAGCACAGUCGCAGGCACCGGCCCUGGAGUCUCCCCCAACCUCGAAGCCCUUCGGCCCUGUCGUCGACGGGCUUUGGGGUGUCUGUUGGCCGUGCACUGAACGAGUCGUUGAUGCAGGGAGGUUGGCAGGCAUCUGCCUACCUAGACUCUUCCCCAGUUCCUACCAACGCCCCAUCCCACCUUGCCCAAACAAGGGGUCGGUGGCCUGGGGAGAAGAGUGGAGGGAUGUGGGUUUUCAGUAGUGAGAGUUAUAGGGCGAAGGCAGCCAUAAUGGGCGUUCCGAGGAGAUGCACCUCUUUCACAUUCCCCUUUGGGGGUUUUCCUAUAUUUGUUGGCCCCUCGGUGCCCUUCUCGCUCCACAUUUGUAUGUAGUAUAUCGUGUGGAUACCAUCUUUGCUUCAGCAAUCGGUGAGAGUAAAUGCCGUUUUUAAAAAUUGA